AUGGAGAAGCAGCUUAUCCUCAUCAUUGGCGCUGGCCUCGCCGGGCCCGCCCUGGCCCUUUCCCUCGCUCGUCACUCCAUCAAGUCCACAAUCUUUGAGAUCCGGCCCUCCCUUAGCGAGCCUGGUGGAUCCAUCACUCUCGCCGCCAACGCCGUUCGAGCGCUCACCUUACUCGGCGGAGACGAGCUUAUCGCCCGGAUUCAGGCGGCAGGGUUCGUAUAUACCCGGAUGACGGCGUUUCUGAGCACGGGGUAUCGGUAUGGUGAUCUCGUUGUUGGGGAGGAGGGGGAAGGCGGGGUGCCGGCAGUGAGGAUCAUGCGGACAGCCUUGAACAAGCUCUUACUAGAGGAAUGUGAGAAGAAGGGAGUAGACGUACGAUGGGGGAAGAAGCUGGAGAGCAUCAGAGAGGAUGACGGAGGUGUCACUGCGGUCUUUGAGGAUGGUUCCAUCAAGCAGGGCUCAGCGCUCAUUGGCGCGGACGGUAUCCACUCCUUCACUCGCCAACACGUCCUGCCUGAACCCCCAAAGCCCACUUACGCCGGCUCCUGCGUCAUCAACGGCUUCCUCCCCCGCUCGUCCGUCACUACACCCACACCCGAUUAUCCCUUCCCUGCUAUGAUCUUCUCCCCCUCUGGUCUCCUCAUGACCAUCCCCAUCGACCCGUCCGGCCAGCAGCUCGCAUGGGGUAUCACCAAGACCGUUCCCGACGACAAGGGUCGGGCCGGAUGGGCAGCGUACGAGUCCUCCGGCGCGGCCUACGCGGACGCCAAAGCCGACUUUGACAAUAUCACAACCGAGCCCAUCCGGUCCCUCCUCGACAACGCCGAUGCCAAGACAGCGAAGCUAUGGGCGGCUUACUCCAUCCCGGAUCUGCCGAGGUGGCAUCGCGGUCGGGUCUGCCUCAUCGGGGACGCGGCGCAUGCUCUCCCUCCAAACGGCCAGGGAUCCGCCAUGGCGUUCGAGGACGCGGCGCUCCUCGUCAGGCUCUUGACCGACUCGAAGGCGAUGGAGAGGGGAUAUGAGGCGGUCUUUGGGCAUUGGGAGACGGUGCGCAGAAAGCGGGUGGAGGAUGUCAAGAAGCAUAGUAAGGUCGGAGGGAUGAUGAAGAGUAGUCAUCAUCCCGAGUCGUGGGCGUGGUGGGCGAAGACCUGGCUGUUCUGGCUGUUUAUCACGGUGAAGAACAGGGGGGUCGUACAGGCUGGAGCAGGGUUCUCGGGGUAUGAUGUGAUGACGGAGAACAUUGAGGUGGAGUAG